CGGCGGGAGAGGCGGGACCCGAGCGGGGAGCGCGGAGAGGUUGAAUAUCCUGAUGAGUAACUUGUUGUCUUGGAGCAUGGUGGAGCUUGCACGAUCACACCUUCACAGAAGCGAUGUCCUGAGUUUCCUUUGGUGAGCAAAACUGUUACUGGACACCUGUAAAUGGAAGAGAAUGGAAUCCCUUUGUGGCAGCACUGCAUAAGGGCUGUUUGAGCACUGCAGAUGUUCCUCUCACCAGCACCCCAUGGUAGAUUUAGCAGAGAAGGAGAUGGAUAACCCCACGUUUAGAAGUGACACUGUGCUGUCUGAUGUCCACUUGCACUGCCCAAGCAAAAGACACCUCAUGGUACGACUGAAUGCAGUUGGACAGCCAGUAUUCCUGUCAUCUUUCAAACUCCUUUGGAGCACAGAAGAUUUGGCAUCUGGGAAACACGUGAGGGAAAUUACCACAGGAAGAGAACAGCAGUGCGGAAGUGGAGAUGAACUGUGUGACAAGGACAGGAGUAACGUGAAAGAAGAAGGAGAAUUAAAUAGUGAAGGAGUAGAAGCUCUGCUAGAUGAUGAUGGAGACUUGGAAGUGGUCAGAAGGCCUCGAAGUGCCUCUGAUUUGCAAGCAGAGGAUCUUUUGAGGGAUAUAGUGUGCCCUGUAAUUCUGAUGAAAGGGAAGGAAGAUGCUUUUGAAGACGAAGAGCAGGAGUGCACUUGCAGUGAUGUUGUUAAAAUAGAACACACUAUGGCAACCCCCUUGGAAGACGUCGGUAAACAAGUCUGGCGUGCUGCCUUCCUUCUGGCUGAUUACAUUCUCUUUCAAAGGGACACGUUCAGGGGGUGCUCUGUGCUGGAGCUUGGAGGUGGCACUGGAAUUACCAGCAUUAUCAUGGGAACAGUUGCCAAGAGAGUUUAUUGCACAGACGUUGGUGAAGAUCUCCUGGGCAUGUGUGAACAAAAUGUUGCAUUAAACAAACACUUGAUGGAGCCAGGAGGAGGGGAGAUUAAAGUGAAAGAACUGGAUUGGCUGAAAGAUGAAUUCUGCACUGAUCCUGAAGCUCCUUAUAGCUGGUCUGAAGAAGAGAUUGCUGAUUUGCUUGAUCACUGUGCUGUGAUAAUGGCAGCUGAUGUUUUCUAUGAUGAUGACCUGACUGAUGCCUUGUUCAGAACUCUGUAUAGAAUCACACACAACUUGAGAAAUUCUUGCACAGUUUACUUAGCACUGGAAAAGAGGCUGAACUUCACUUUAAGACAUAUGGAUAUUACAUGUGAAGCCUACAGUCACUUUAGAAAUACUCUAAAUGAUCUGGAGAACCUCCAAGAUGGAAAAAUGAAAUAUACAGUGGAACCCGUUAAGCUUGAUUUCAGCCAGUUCCUUGUUUAUGAACGGAUUGAGCAGUUGGAAUUGUGGAAGAUCAUGGCUGAGCACCUAACAUGACACAUGACAGGCCCACGAGAAAAGAGAUCUUUACCUACGGAGAAGGGCUAUUUUGAUGUUCUGUUAAGAUAAGGAUUUUCAUCCCAAGAAAAGCAUCUUCCUGGUGGAAUUGUGUUCUCAGAAAGUAUUGCAAUGCAGUUUUGCUUUACUUUUCUGGUUUUGGCACUUCGUUUCUUGGACUUGUGCAGUUGGACAUUAUCUCUCUGAUGUUCCCAAGUACCUGCUGGAUGCCAGGCAGUGGCAGUGACACAGUGACUUGCUCUUUGGGUUGAUGACUUCACUUUUAGAGUCUGGCAAAGAAGUAUCUAACCUUUUCCAUGUGGCUGAUUUGCAGAUGUCAAGCAUUUCCCUUUUUAGUUUACAUAACAUGGACACCUUUCUCAAUCUUAUCCCAGUUCCACACAUUAUUUGUAUUUAUGGACACUUGUGAAACAAUGUUCUGGAGAAGACUUGUUCGUCAUGAAUGAACUUUUCUUUAAGAAAUUUGUUUAUGAAAUUGACCCUUAAUUCUCAGUUUGUCCUAUAUAAAUAACUCUAGUUUAGGGCCACUGUCUGAGUUGAAAGGAAACAAGAUGCAUUUUGUUUGAGCCUCUGAAAAUACUCCACAGAGGUUUUGGAGUAUAGGAGGUCAACCCUAUAUUGUCCUGCAGGAAUUUUAAGCUAUUCUGUCCUGGGCAGGUUGAGGGUAAGAAGGUCCCACAUGAAGGGAGGUGUUACAGCUCUUGAAAUAUUUGGAAUUCUACCCUCAGCAUACACAUGUGAGGCUGGGGGCAGGGAAAUGGCCAAGAAUGUCUUGCCCAAACAAAAGUGGGCCUCCAAUAUCUUUCUUCUGGAUUAAAAUUAAGCAUAUUUAUUAAAUCUCUCCUGUGUUAUUAAUGAAUCCAAAAAUCUGCUUGCACUUUUAUAAAUGUUACAUGCACUGUUGUUUUCAUAUCACUUUGCCAUAUGUACUCUGCCAUGGGAAUCCUUGUGCCCACUGCAUUCCUCAGCAUGAGGAGAGUGUCAGUGAUGGAGCUGUUCCAGCCUGGGACUUGUGGGAGUGUGCAAGAUGUUCAUUAGAAGCAUGUGAUGGACUUCUUGAAAGCCUGUUUUACAUUUGGUGUAGGUCAGUUAUUUCAUAACCUGCUUGUGUGUCUGAAGACCUAUUUUUUGUGUUCUUUAAUAGGAUGAAAGGUUAGAUGAUGAUGAUGGCCAUUCCCUGUGAGUACAGUCAAAGUAAAAAUUACAUUAUGUUAGCAUGUAUCUGUCUAGAUUUAUACAAAAAUUCUCUCUCAGAACCCUCAUUUGAGCUUCAAAGAUGAAAAACUGUAUUUUAAUCCAAAGAUUCCCAAAUUAAUGUUUGUUGGUUUGUUAUGUAAUGUUGUUACCUUUUGUAGAUUUAACUAUUUUUGAACGUAGCUACUUAUUUCAGUAGUGAUUUUUUGAAAGCUGCACAAGAAUGUAUGAGGCUGAUGUGAAACAGUGUGAGCACUUAGGCAGUCCUGUGUUUUUUCUCACACUGGAUUUCUCAGUCUUUGGAAUUAUCAGCAGAAACUUACCUGCAAGUCCUUCAUUUCUGUGAAGGAAGAGAAAGUAGGCACUUAAUCUAAAACCUAUGAAUAUUUCUACUCAGCUGUGGUGAUUGGGUUUUCACUUGGAACACUAUCUCUUUUGCUAAAUAAAGUCAUCAGGCAGUUGGGAGCAUUUCUGGGUCUGGUUGGCAAAUCCACCAGUCAUCCAGAUGGAUCAUUUUCAGGAGGGAGGAAUAUAGAGGAGGUGAAGGGGAACCUGUGGAGCCCUCAAAGGGAGGGGAGGAGUGUCUUCUUGGGAAAAAUCUUCUUGGGAAGUCUGGUAAUGGAUAGACACAUGAUCUUCCAGGAGGAAUCUGGUUUGAAACAAAUGUUUUUCACUUUUGUCACUGCCGUAUGGUGAAACAACAAAUGCCUUUUCUCAGUUCCCACCCCUCUCCUGCUUUUAUCUCUCUUAAGAGAAGUAAAGGCGACACAAUUAUAGAUACUGGUCAGGAGAAGAACUUGAACUUUCAUGGGACACUCAGAUAAGCAAAGUAAUUGCAUUUAUUUCUUUUAAAUCUUUGUUGAUGUCAAACUUGGAGAGUGGCUUUGUUGUGAACAUUGUGUGUCAUUUUGCAGUAGAAAAAAGUUGAAGAUGCUCCCUUGAUGGGAUAGAUUCUGUAUAUUUAUCAUUGUUGGGUGUUCUCAAGUGUAGGUGGCUAUUUGUAGGCCAUCCUUGCAGCUCCAUCUGCUGUACAACACUUUGAGUCAAAACAUUUUACAGUUUGUUCAACACCCUGUUCCUUUCUAGUUUGACAAUAUUGUAUUUUGGAGUAACAGUUUAGGUGGCAUGCGUGGUUCUGCACUUCUCACCUAGACUUGCAGAUGAAGUUACAGUGGAAAUAAUCCUGAAACGAAGGUGGUGUUUAAUUGCCUACUUUUUGACAGUAGCUUUGCCUCCAGCAGUUUGGGGUUUUCAGGAAACAUUCUAGGAAAAAGUAGAUGUACUUUGUGUGUGUGUGUGUGUGUGUGUGUGUGUGUGUGUGUGUGUGUAAGGAACUUCUCAUUCCUCAGAAGAUGAGGACUUAAAUUGGAUCUCAAAGUUUUAAAGCAGGUAACAAUCAUGAGAGUGUCUGUUCAUUAACUCAACUGUUUGUGGACUUGUACAUCCACCACUAGUGCCAGUCCUUUUCCCUUUUCACCAGAGAAUUAAGGGCUAUGUCCCUGGCAGUUGCAUUUCUGGGUUUUGUUUUAUUUGCUUUGUUUUUUCAUUCUGGUCGACAACAUCUUUAAACUUGGAGAAAUAAAUUUUGUCUGAGAUUUCUACUUACUGAGCUUAUUGUAUUUCCCAGUUGUAUAUUUUCCCCUUUCAUAGUGUUUGUUAUAGCAAUUUUACAAUCUGGAUUCUGAUGUUUUCAUUCCCAGGAAACCUAAUUGUAAGUGUAGUUUUCCAUUGGAUCAAUGAGACCUAAUCCAGCUGAGUCCUGUGAUCAGUCAGGGCCAUCAGUGGGGAUCUGUUGCUGGGGGUAUAAAGAAAGAGCAGACUUAACUAUUUUGAUGGUAAUAGAUAUCUGAGUCCACUUUGGAGUGAUGUGUAACUGUGCUCCCAAUGUGGCAGUGCAGGGUGUGUUUGCAAAGCUGAUUUUCCUCAGUCCUGUGCCUGAAACCACAUUACCCAGAGUCAGACUGCCUGAACCAGCCAAAUGCUGUUGCUAGUUUUAAAGACAGUUCUUGGUGCUGAGUGUGUGGUACAGGAAACUGAAGACUGCUUCUGGAAAGUGGGUGCUGCAUUCCUGUGUGCUCGUUAUGGCAUGGCAAGGAAAGCUGCCUGUCUCACAAGCUUGCAGAGAUUUUUCAAUCUGCAAGUAAAUUGAGAAUUAUUCACUUAAUGCUUAGUAACUUGUCUUUAAAAUGCAGUUCAUCUCUUGAGUGUGAUCAUGGCAUUUGUAACCUGAACACUUUGGAGGUUCAAGUGAAGUAGGAUUUGAAAAUGAGCUCCUUCUUGCUGCCAGGCUCUCAUGCUGUGACAUAGGUCAAGAGGUUUGUGUUCUUUUACAGAUUCAUCUUGACCCUGACCUUUUGUGUGUCCUUUGCAUCUGUGCUGGAAGUUGAUGCAUUAACAGAAUAAAGCUUUCUCUUGAGAAA